AUGGCUCAGGUAUCUUCGCCCGCACAAAUCUCGUCGCAGUAGCAAGCGCCGCACUCACCGCGGACGCCCUCGUGCGUGACUGGAAUGUGCGCUCACUAAUACCUUUCAGCGACUUCAAGAGCUGUGCGUUCUCUUCGUCGAGGACAACUGCGGAUAUCUGUGUUCCGUAUGUGGAAAGAAAAAUUCCGGUUUCACAGACAUCCGCUAACCGCUACUCAAGCAAAUCUUCAACACUCUCGCCGACAAUGGCCGCCUCUCUCGCGCGCAACUCCAACUCCGCCUCCGCAUACCGAGCCGAAAACUGCGCACCGCCCUCGCCGUCCUCGUGCAGCAACACCUUCUCCUUCACUACACCGUCGACGACGACACUACCUUCUACCAGGUCGAUUGGCGUAACGCCUAUUACUUGAUUCGCUCCAAUCGCAUCAUUACUGUCGUGCGCGAACGAUAUGGAGAAGGGGCAGGCAAGGUUAUUGCUAAUGUGCUUCAGCUCGGCCAUGCCAGAGUAGGAGACUUAGCGCAAGCAUUUGACCUCGAGUCCACAGCCAAACGUGACAGUGGCAUUGAGACUUCGGGACAAGGCGACUGUGGAAUUCAGACCGGUGGCAAGAGUAUGGGGCACAUUCACCAGACACACGAUGGCAAGAUCACGACGCUUGCACAAUUCCACAAGACCCUUCGAAACCUUCUUCAGUCAGGCUUCCUGAUCAAGUUCGACAAGCAAUGCCACAUCCCAGCUGCCGAUUUGCAGGAUGAGCUUGAGGAGACGGUGAUCCGAGAACAAUUUCCCGACAGAAAAGUCUCGGGGUCGAAAAAUCAAGAACGAUUCAGAUCCGCGGUCAACAGGCUGAAGCGAAAGCGGCGGGACGAGAACGACUUUUCCGACCAGCGCGAUUGUGAAUCUAUGGGCAUCAUUCGUCGCUCCGGAAUGGACUCUGUGAAGCGUACGAAGCUCAACGGCGGUACACAUGCGAAUGGCGUGGUCCACGACGACAGCUCCGCGGAGGGAAAUGUUCCAAAGCUUCCGGUACUGUGUGGUGCCCUUCCAACGUAGAGAUCCUUUGCUGACACUACGUAGAAUGACAUGAUCCUGACAGUGAACUACCCACAAUGUACAAUGGCUCUCCGAAGUCAGCGCCUCGAGCAGACGGCAGAACCCUUGCUAGGUGGUGUCACUGCUUCCGUCUACGGAGCCCUCCUUCAAGCAUUAGAAGGCAAGGUGCGAGCAAGAGAAUCUUACAUCAAAACCGAAGAAAAUGAAGAUAAGGAUCCCGAAAACGACCUCCCGACGGCCACCACGAUGGAGGUCGCGGAUAUUCUUGAUCCGUCGAUUGACUUGACUCUUGGAAUUCUAUUGCCAGUGGAAGUCAAGGUCACAAAUGGCGACGGCACGAAGAAGACGAAGAAGUUUGACAUGGAAUUCGCCGACAUUGGUAUCAAACAAGAGAUCGAAUCUGAUGACGAAGACCAACCAACGCACAACGGCCACGGUCCUUACAACGACCGCAAUAAGCGGCUAUCGCUCAUUGAAGAACACCUCAAACUACUCAACGAACAUCCGAACAAUUUCUGCCGAAAAGUGGGUGGCGGUGGUCGAGGUGAAUGGAUCGUUGAUUUUCCGGAGCUCACAGAUCUACUCAUCCAAGCCGAGAUUGAUUCCACGGUCUCAGCACGUUUCGGCAGGAUCCAUACACGUUUAGUGCGUCUUCUCCGAGAAAGAGGACGGCUUGACGAGAAGCAAAUCGCUGCUUUGGCCUUGAUGCGCCUAAAAGACGUGCGCUCUCAUAUGACCGAACUGCAAUAUGCCGGAUUCGUCGAAGCGCAAGAGAUCCCUAAGGAUAACUCUCGACAGCCGAAUCGCACGAUCUAUCUGUGGUUCCACGACCAGACACGCGUUCAGAGUAUUCUCCUUCAACACAUCUAUCAGGGAAUGGCGCGCACUUUACAACGACACAGGACAGAACGAAGCUCCUACAAGAACCUCAUUGACAAGGCAGAGAUGAUGGAUGCGAAGCACGAGUCGCUCGCACAGAACGAGCGAGAUGCGAUCCAGGAAUGGCGCGAUAUCGAAGAGAAGCUUCUAGCUUCUGUGCAGCGGAUGGACGAGAUGGUUGCGCUCUUACGGGAUUUCUCUUGGGAGGACACGUCGUUGGUCGCAUAA